CAGGGGGGGCUGCUUCUGACAUGUGAGCGUGUUCGGCAUCACGCCACUUCACUCCCUCCCAUCUGCUCGAGUGCUCACCGCCUUCCCCCCCUCGCCAUUGUUGCAGAGCUCGCAUAAAUAGCCCUUGGAGCUUCGACCGGAGACGGAGAGGGUGGUGGUCGCUGCUCCUUCUUCUUCUCGGCUCGGUGCGCUCCUCCUGAGGUGGCUUCUUUACAGGAGCCAUGGCUAAAGAUUACCCCGCAUCACCUAAGGCCCAGCACCUGCAAGAAUCCAAGAAGCAGCGUCUCACCUAUAUUCUCGUGGUGAGCGGCCUCUGCGUUGCCUUCUACGUCCUCGGCGCAUGGCAGAACACCACCAUGCCAAAGCCCAUGGGCGAUUCAGCAAUCAGCCGAGUUGAUUGCGACCCCGUGGCGCAGAAAGAUGGCUCGGUGCCAUCUUUUGGGUCUGCGUCUGAAAAUGCGCUCGAUUUUGAUGCGCACCACCAACUGAAUCUCAGUGACACGGAGGCUGUGGUGCAGCAGUUCCCGGUGUGCUCACUCAAUUUCAGUGAGUACACGCCGUGUGAGGACCGUCCACGAGGUCGGAGGUUUGAUAGGAAUAUGCUGAUAUACCGAGAGAGGCACUGCCCAGAAAAGGAUGAGCAGAUCCGGUGCCUCAUUCCAGCUCCACCAAAGUACAAGAACCCCUUCAAGUGGCCGCAGAGCAGGGACUUUGCUUGGUUUGACAAUAUCCCUCACAAGGAGCUCAGCAUUGAGAAGGCUGUGCAGAACUGGAUCCAAGUGGAGGGAAACAAGUUUCGGUUCCCAGGUGGUGGCACUAUGUUUCCACAUGGUGCUGAUGCGUACAUUGAUGACAUUGCUAAGUUCAUCCCGUUGUCGGAUGGGAAGAUCAGGACGGCAAUUGACACAGGCUGCGGGGUUGCUAGCUGGGGGGCUUACUUGCUGAAGAGGAAUAUAAUUGCAAUGUCAUUUGCACCAAGGGACACGCACGAAGCUCAAGUACAAUUCGCACUGGAGCGCGGUGUCCCUGCCAUCCUUGGUGUGAUGGGGACACAACGAUUACCUUACCCGUCUAGGGCAUUUGAUAUGGCUCAUUGUUCGCGUUGUCUGAUUCCAUGGGGAGGACAUGAUGGACUGUACCUAGCUGAAGUCGAUAGAGUUCUAAGGCCAGGGGGCUACUGGAUUCUCUCUGGCCCUCCAAUCAACUGGAAGACGCACCACAAUGGGUGGCAGAGGACCGAGGAAAACCUGAAGCAAGAGCAAGAUAAGAUUGAGGAUGUUGCGAGGAGCCUUUGCUGGAAUAAGGUGGCUGAGAAGGAGGAUCUCUCCAUCUGGCAGAAGCCUAAGAACCACCUAGAGUGUGCCAACAUCAAAAAGAAGUUCAAGAUACCCCAUAUCUGCAAGAGUGACAAUCCUGAUGCUGCCUGGUACAAGAAGAUGGAAUCCUGUCUUACUCCAUUGCCUGAAGUAAGUAACCAGGGUUCAAUCGCUGGUGGAGAUGUUGAGAAAUGGCCAGAGAGAGCCUUCACAGUCCCCCCAAGGGUUAAGAGGGGUACAAUUCCAGGGAUAGAUGGAAAGAAGUUUGAGGAGGACAAGAAGUUGUGGGAGAAGAGGUUGGCGUACUAUAAACGGACCACACCCAUAGCAGAGGGGAGGUACAGAAAUGUGAUGGACAUGAAUGCGAACUUGGGUGGUUUUGCUGCUUCCUUAAUCAAGUACCCUGUGUGGGUGAUGAACGUUGUUCCAGUUAAUUCAGAUAAAGACACCCUUGGAGCAAUUUAUGAGCGGGGAUUUAUCGGGACGUACCAAGACUGGUGCGAAGCUUUCUCAACGUAUCCGAGAACCUACGACCUUUUGCACGCUGACAAUUUGUUUAGCAUCUACCAGGACAGGUGUGAUAUAACCGACAUCCUCCUGGAGAUGGAUAGGAUACUGAGGCCGGAGGGCACCGCGAUCAUCCGUGACACGGUCGACGUCCUGACCAAGGUCCAGGCCAUCAGCAAGCGGAUGCGGUGGGAGAGCCGCAUCCUGGAUCAUGAGGACGGGCCCUUCAACCCGGAGAAGGUCCUGGUGGCGGUCAAGACAUACUGGACGGCCGACCCAUCAGAGCACAGCUAGCUCUCUGAAACGGCUUCUGGGGUUACCAGCCCUGAUGAUGGUGUCAGAGGUUCGCCAUCUCAGUGUAGUAGUAUGUGACCGGUUGGUCACUCGUUUCUUUCACUUUUUUGCCCAAUUCUUUGUAGUUCCGAUGGAAAUUGAAAAAAUUAAAGGAGCUGGUUGCAGGCAGGGAAGAAGUGCAGAUCUUAUAGGUAUCUAGGUCUUAUGUGGGCAGUUUCAUACAUCGAGCAGAGCAUAGAUGUUUUAGCUUGUAAUAUAUGAUGGCAUCGAGCAGACAUUGUUACUAUAUAUUAAGCUUAACUGGAAUAGGUA